AUGGCGUGGGAAUGCACAGCAGGCGUCACCUGCAGCAUCUGCGGGCAGACGGGCCAUCUGCAGCGCAACUGUCGCAACGUCUCCUGCCACAAGUGCGGUCGCAAGGGCCAUAUUUCCAAAUUCUGCAAUGAUCCAUUUGCCAGGGCAGCUGAGGCUGAGCGCAUGGAGAGGCAACAGGCAAUCAUGUCUGCAAGGGCGGCACAGACUCAGAGACACGUGGCCCGGCGAUCAGUCAUCCAUGCCACGCCUCACGCGCCUG